AUUGAACAGUAUAAAAAGAAAUUUACGCUGAAGACGAAUUGCAUUUGAAAUUUGCUAAAACAAUGAAAGUUAUAUCAGUCGUACUGCUCUGUAUUGCUGCCGCUAGUGCAAUUCCUGUACAAGAACAGACCAAUGGCUGGUCUGUACCACAGGAAGAUGGUACCUUCGAAUGGAUGACAACUGAAGAAUUCGAAGCAUUAAAAGACAGCACUCCUCAAGGUCGUGCCGCAGCUGUUGUGACUUUCUAUCUGUACACUAACUCUAAUCCAAACUCUCCACAAGAAAUUGCAAUUAAUGAUGCCAGCGCACUCAAAAACUCAAACUACAAUUCUGCUAAUCCAACCAGAUUCAUUAUCCAUGGCUGGCAAAAUAACUACUUAUCUGAUGUCAACGUAGUUUUACGUGGUGCACUUUUAGCUACUGGCAAAUACAAUGUCAUCUGUGUAGAUUGGAGCUCAAAGGCUGAAACUAUCAAUUAUGCAGCUUCUGUAUUGCGUGUACCAGGUGUCGGUAAACAAGUUGCCAAUUUCAUUGAUUUCUUGUACACCUCAGGCGGUAUGUCUUUCGGCAACUUAUUAGUCAUGGGUCACAGCUUAGGUGCUCACGUAUCUGGUUUUGCUGGCAAAAAUGUUAAAUAUGGUCGAAUUCAUCAAAUCACCGGUUUAGAUCCUGCUUUGCCCUUGUACAGCUACGAUGAUCCAUCAGAACGUUUAAAUCAAAAUGAUGCUGAUUAUGUUGAAUCUAUUCAAACCUGUGGUGGUCUUUUAGGUUUCUUACAACCUAUUGGCAAAAGCGCUUUCUAUCCUAACGGAGGUAGAACUCAACCCGGGUGCGGUCUUGAUUUGGCUGGCUCAUGCGCUCACUCACGCUCAUACGAAUACUACGGAGAAGCUAUACGUGACAAUGAUUUCCCUACCAUGAAAUGUGGAAACUACGAAGCAGCUGUCGACAAAUCUUGCGGUAGCACUUACUCGUCAGUAAGAAUGGGUGCACCCUCCAACUAUGUUAAUGCAUUCGGUGAUUUCUAUGUACCAGUAAACAGCAAAUCUCCCUACGGUAAAGGAUCUUAAACACUUUAAAAAAGAAACUAAAUAAAUUAAAAAGUACUGAUAAAUAAUUGAA